UUUUCGACACUUUUUAGAGGAAAUGACCGUCGUUUAACAUAUGUAUUGUGUGCCCGCUCGAUCAGCUCCACUUACACUGGAGAGUCGCCCGACCUGGUAGGUGAGAUGUCGCUGGUCACAAUGAAAGUCGCCCUGCUCAUCGUACUGUUUGGUUGUUGGAGACGCGUGUCCACGGAGUGCGUGCUGCCGGAUCUGGAGAUACACGAAGAUAAUAUGAUGGAUCUCCUCCUGGACUUGGUGUUGCUCAACGGGGAAGAUCACCGCAUGGACAAUGGAGUAACGCUGUCAUGUCAACACGGAAUCCUUCGUGCCAAUUUCAGAGACGCAGAACCAUUGGUUGUUGACAAGCAGUGUCUUGCUGUCUAUGUAACGAAACAAGAGAGCGAGAGCAUCCUCUCCUGUAACAUCCCGCUUGAGACAGACGAAUGGGCAGUUGCGCCGAAUGAAUUAAUACCCUCUGAACCCGAGGUAGAAAAAAUAGAAUAGUCACUCAGGCAAGGGAAGUCGGAGUGAUGUCCCUUCGAUUAAGGUUGGGAAA